AUGACGCUUUAUGGGCGUAUCGCUUUGCAUAUAAAACCCCCAUCGGGCUUCUCCUUACGGGUUAGUCUAUGGGAAGGCGUGUGUGUUGAGCUAGAGCAUAAAGCAUACUGGGCAAUUAAAAAGCUCAAUCUCGAUAUGAGCUUGGCUGGAGAGAAGAGGUUGUUGCAGCUACACGAGCUUGAUGAAUUCAGACUGGGGGCGUAUGAGAAUGCAAAGCUGUACAAGGAGAAAACUAAGCGAUGGCAUGACAAGCACAUGCAUCGUGAAUUCGUUCCGGGGCGGCGGGUACUACUCUUCAACUCUAAGGUGCGGUUGUUUCCGGGAAAGCUUAAGUCCGGUGGUGGCCCAUUUGUGGUAGCACAAAUCACACCCCAUGGGGCCGUCGAAAUACAAACUAUGGAUGGGGUGCGCAAGUUCUUGGUAAAUGGACAGCGCCUCAAGCGAUAUUGGGGUGGAAAUUUUGACAAGGAAAAGGAGCAAGUGCUCCUCGAUGAUGAGUGA